UUGACACAUUUGAGAGUCAUCGAAGUCUUGUAGCAGCUUUACGCUUGUGAUCCUUGGCAUUGUGGCAGCACGCAGACGUGAUGCUGUGGAAACAAGGAACAAGGUGGAACUCUUGACGAGCACAUUUAAGUGGACGGGAACAGGCAAAAAGAACACGAAAGGCACCCGGAACGAAACCCAACAAUCCUGUAGAAUCUACAAUGGCAGCAUGCGAUAUUGCAUGCAAUGAGGAUGCCCCAGUUAGAAAUGGCUGUUUGGGGAACCAGGAGGGCACAGAAGAAGCUACUAGAGAUGACACUGUAGCCGGUGAAGCAUGCUCCAGUGGUACGCCUUCCGUCAAAGAAGGUUUCAAAGACGACUACACCUCAAUCCCUUUGCCCUACGGCCCUUCAAAUGCAGUGCUGGUAUCUGUUGAUAAUGCAGCGUCUCCCCUUGCCACCAAAGAAGCCACUCAGCUGACAGAAGGGGUAUCUCAACCUAGCGGCACUCCACUGUUGAUACCAGCGCAAGAAGAUUCAGCAGGGUCGAGGUCCAGCAUGGCCGAGGACAUAGGAGAGGACACAAUCACUGGCUCCUCAUCGCAAAGCUCCAAUAAUGAGACACAUCACAGUGCAAAAGGUGCCAGUGUGAAGCACAAGUGUGAACUUUGUCCCGCCGUAUUCCUUCGACUCGGAUUUUUGAAACGGCACAUGUUUGUGCACAUGGGAGGGAAGCUGCAUAGGUGUCGCCUCUGUCCAAAAGAGUUUGCACAGCUUGCACAGCUUAGAGAUCACAUGCAGUCGCACAUGGGAGACAUGCCAUGCAAGUGUGAGACGUGCGGUGCCGUCUUCAUUGAACACAAAGACCUGCAGCGUCAUGUACGAACACACACCGAUAAGAUGCUCUAUAAGUGUGAGGAGUGCCCAGCAGCAUUCGCUCAACUCCCAGAGCUGAAACAGCACACUUUAUUGACCCACACGGGAGGGACACCCUUCAAGUGCAAAGUCUGCCAGCAAGCGUUUGCACAAUCUGCACUCCUGAAAAGUCACAUGCAGUCACACACAGUAGAGAAGCCGUAUGAAUGCGAGCUCUGCCCCGCUGCAUUUAUUCGGCUGGCAGAUUUGAGGCGCCACAUUGAAACACACAUGAGGGAUAGGCCGUUCAAGUGUGAACUGUGCUCUGCCGCAUUCUCCCUCUCCAAGAAACACAAAGCCCACAUGCGAACGCACAAGGGACAAAAGCCUUACAAGUGCGAGCUCUGCGGUGCCGCAUUUGCUCGCCCUCAAACUCUCAAGGGGCACAUGCAAACACACACGGGUGAAAAGAGCCACAAAUGUGAACACUGUUCCAUCGCAUUCCUGCGGCAUCAGGACUUGAAACGCCACAUACGAACCCACACUGGAGAGAGGCCAUACAAGUGUGGGCUCUGUCGUGCCAAGUUCUCUCAGUCUCAAAUGCUGAAGGCUCACAUGCGAACACAUGAGCCACGAGCGACUUAAAUGUGAACUUUUGUACCGUUGUACAGACCUAGCUUUGGCGCUUAAAAUGGUGUAAUGAA